GAAAUUGCUUCUAACGAAAAAUAACAUUUAGAUGUUGAUUCAUGCAAAAGAUACUGCCGACUGUUAUUGUGUUUUCAUUCUAUGGGUAACAUCAGAGACACUGGCCUUUGUCACAUCCAAGCUCAAAGUCGACUAAAUUAUUUACAUCACAGUGUCACUGACAACUUGUCAUCAGUCACCAAGACUUUAGUAUUAAAGAAAAGUUAGCGGUGCUCGCUGACGUCCCUCAGUGAUUGAGAAUACGGGACAAGACAGAUAAAACGCGCUGUAUCUUCUUUUCAAAUAUGUGGUAUAUCCAAUACAAGAAGGGGGUUUAUUUACAAAGCAAAUGCUAGAAUUAGAGAAGUGCUUUGAAGAAAUGGACAUAACUGUAGAAAACAUAGAAAAGGCCAUCUAUCAGUUUUAUCAGUAUGAUGCAGCCACUCAGCAGCAAGCCCACUGUUGGCUCACUGUGGCCCAGGCUUCUCCAGCAGCGUGGAGCUUUUGCUGGGAAUUAUUACAACCUAACAAGAGUAUACAAGUUCAGUUUUUUGGUGCCAACUGCUUGCAUAUGAAGAUAUCAAAGUAUUGGCAUGAGCUGCAGCAAGAGCAGUAUGAAGUGCUCAAGACACAGUUGCUUCAGCAAAUAGCAAAUUAUGCAAAAGGGCCUAAAAUCGUACUUACAAGGCUCUGCGUAACGCUUGCAGCCUUUGUGAUGCACACCAUACCAGGCUACUGGCCAGACCCCCUGGAGACAGUGAUGACCAUGUUCCAGCAAGCUAACUUACCUCAAGUAGAGCCUAAACAAGUAUGUGUAAUCCUCCUUGAAAUCCUCACAGUGAUCCCAGAAGAGUUCUUUUCUAUCCACCUUACUCAGUAUCAGAAAGGUGUGAUUCGACAUGAACUGAAGAAAGGAUCACAACAUGUCUUGCCAUUUUUGCAAAGUCUGAUGAACCCCUCAUCCCCAGAAGAGGUUUAUGACCAAGCCAUGAAGUGCUUUUCCAGCUGGGUGCAGUUUGGGCUGCCUAUUUAUGAGUGUGAACCCAUGGUGGAACAUCUGUUUGAGGCGAUAGCUAAUGAAUCUCUCUUUGAAACUGCUAUAGAGGCUCUGUCACAAGUAUUCCUUCACCCUGAGGCUCAUAAGUAUCCAGCUACUAUCCUUAAAUUUGUCCCAAAAGUAUUAGCCUUAGAGGCUUAUUUACAAAAAAGUAUCCAAGAGAAUGAUUUGGAGGUUUGCCAAGGUAUCACAAGGCUGUUGUCCAAUCUUGCUGAGAACCACACCGACCUUAUACUGAACAGUACAUUACAAGGAGGAGAGCAGAAAGACCAGGUGCUCAGUCUGGUCAAGUUCAUGAUGCAAUGCACUGCUAUCCCAGGCACUUUCCCAGUAGAUGAAAAUUGUAGUGACAUGACUUUCAGUUUCUGGUAUGUUCUUCAGGAUGAUAUAGUGUCUUCAGACCCGGUGAAGUUUGAGGUUUAUGUGCCAGUGUUUGCCCCUGUAUACAUGACUCUAGUCAAUGUGCUGCUGACCAAAGUGCAAUAUCCCAGUGAUGAGGUGUUUGCGGGGAUGAACAAUGAGGAGAAAGAACAGUUUAGGUGCUACAGACAGGACAUCAGUGACACUAUGAUGUACACAUAUGGAAUCUUACGGGAAAGCAUUCUGGUAAAUUUAAACUCCAGUCUUCAAGGAAUUAUAGAGAGAUCAUCCACAGGAAACUUCAAGUGGCAGGAAAUAGAAGCCAUGUUGUUCCUGAUGGGAUCCAUAGCAGAAAGCAUUGAUUUAGAGGAAAGUGUCUUCUUGCCAAACAUGUUCAACAUGUUGCCAAGACUGCCUUUUACCAACACAAUACUCAUCUCUACGACACUGUACACCAUAGGUUACUAUGCAGAGUGGAUCAACUGCCACCCUGAUGUUCUCCCCAGUAUUAUCCCCCUCAUUCUAGAGGGCAUGAAGAACCCAGAGGUGGCCCAGUCUGCCACCCUCGCCUUGAAAGAUGUGGCCAGGGAGGGACAGGAACACCUGAAACCUUUUGUCCAUGGAAUAUUGACUGCUAGUCAGGUGGUUUUAGAGAGUGGAAUAUUAAAGUCCAGAGACAGUAUUAGGUUGAUGAACUGUGUAGGCUAUGUGGUCUCUGUAUUACCUGUUGAAGAGAUUAUGCAGUACCUCAACAUUCUGCUCACUCCUCACAUGCAGAAACUAGACCAACUGGCUGAUCAGGAGCCCACGGCAGCAGUAAAGGCAGGCAUCUUGGAGAAGAUCCAGAUGCUGACAUGGCUGUUUAAUUCCUUAGAUACCAGAGGUGAAGAUGAAAUCAGGAAAGAGGGUGGAGAGAUGAAAGUGUCAGGAAAGAAACACAGUGAAGGUCCACAGCCAGUGUUCUUAAUCCUCAGACAAGUGUCUCCCAUCAUGCAGAAGGUGAUUAACAAAUGGAUCAAUGAUGCAGGCAUUAUUGAGUCCAUCUGUGAUCUCCUGAAGAAGUGCCUGAGGACGCUGAUGGAUGACUUUGACCCCCUGGUAGAGGAGGUCAGUGAGAUGCUGGCCCAGAUCUACUGUGCAGCCGCUCACACACCCAUACUUGACUUGGCAAAGCAGAUUCUGCUGCUGUUUGCCUCAGACGACAAACACAAAAUGACAGUCCAGUCAUUAUUUCUGGCUCUUUGUAAUAAAACAUUAACUGUUGCUGAAACAGGUGCAAGAGAGAAUACGGAUCUUGUGGAAGCAUUUAUGUUGCUGCUGGCUCAGCUGAUAAGGAAGUGCUCCACAUGUAUCAGUUUUUUCUUCAAUGAACAGUGCAAUAUCCUUGGAUUGUUUCAGUUAGAAAUUGAUUUCUGUGAUUUCACUGCCCAACCUUUUCAGAUUCUGCUGCUGUUUGCCUCAGACGACAAACACAAAAUGACAGUCCAGUCAUUAUUUCUGGCUCUUUGUAAUAAAACAUUAACUGUUGCUGAAACAGGUGCAAGAGAGAAUACGGAUCUUGUGGAAGCAUUUAUGUUGCUGCUGGCUCAGCUGAUAAGGAAGUGCUCCACAUGUAUCAGUUUUUUCUUCAAUGAACAGUGCAAUAUCCUUGGAUUGUUUCAGUUAGGAGUUGUAGGCAUCAGUUUACCAGAAAAUGGCACAGUGAAAGCUUCUUGUAGUUUCUUGAGUGAAUUUAUUACAAAUUCCUGCAAACUUCCUUCUGUAAAAGAGAUCAUAUUGAACCAUGGUCACACAUUGAUUGAGAGGAUAUUGCGGGCAAUUGGAGGAGAUUCCCCAAGAGGUGUAAUUGACUCCAUGGCAGAUGUCAUUCUUGCUCUAAACAGGAACCACUGUGAAUACUUCAGGAAGUGUUUACAGGGCCUGCUGAGCCAGCCAGACUUCCCCAACAACAGGGUCACACAGCAGCAGAAGGAACAGUUUGUCAAAAUGGUUAUGAAGGAAAGAGUCCACAAGAGGAGGUUAAAAGAGACAGUGAAAGAAUUCACCUUGAUGUGCCGUGGUAUGAAUGGAACUGAGUAUGCUGCUCAGUCUGUGGGUCGAGUUGUAGGCAUCAGUUUACCAGAAAAUGGCACAGUGAAAGCUUCUUGUAGUUUCUUGAGUGAAUUUAUUACAAAUUCCUGCAAACUUCCUUCUGUAAAAGAGAUCAUAUUGAACCAUGGUCACACAUUGAUUGAGAGGAUAUUGCGGGCAAUUGGAGGAGAUUCCCCAAGAGGUGUAAUUGACUCCAUGGCAGAUGUCAUUCUUGCUCUAAACAGGAACCACUGUGAAUACUUCAGGAAGUGUUUACAGGGCCUGCUGAGCCAGCCAGACUUCCCCAACAACAGGGUCACACAGCAGCAGAAGGAACACUUUGUCAAAAUGGUUAUGAAGGAAAGAGUCCACAAGAGGAGGUUAAAAGAGACAGUGAAAGAAUUCACCUUGAUGUGCCGUGGUAUGAUUGGAACCGAGUAUGCUGCCCAGUCUGUGGGUCUUAUAUGAUACAUGGAUACAGUUUCUUCUUGAAUUGAAUCAUUCUCUUUAGAGAGUUAUGAAUGCUUUAACCGUAUGCUUUCUCUCAUGCUGCUGGGGAGAGCUGCAUCUUGAUAUUACUACAUGGCAUGUAGAUUGUCCAUUGACUUCAGCCUACAUUCAUAUUGAAGUGCAGGGUUUUAACAGGGCUGACAACUCUUUAUGUUGAUAUUAUAGAAACAAAUGAUACAUUCGAACUUGUGUGUUUGUUUAAAAAAAAAAAGAAAACCUCAGUCAAACCAACCUUCUGAAGCACCGUACUGAAUAUUUCUUUUUUAAAACCACUUUUCCAAAGUUCAUCUUAACCAUAUUGUAACCUUCAACCAUAUUUCUGAACCCAGGUUUUUAAGUUGGAUUUUAAUCAAUUCCAUCUAUAUCCAAUGCUCAAACAAACUUGAAGUAUAAAGAUUCAGUAUUUUUUGAUACUGUGAUUUUGUCUGAUUAUUAAAGCAACCAAAAGAAUUGUUGGGAAUGAAGAGAAAGUAAUUCUGAAA